GAAUCAUAGUAAACAUACAGAGUCAAUAAACGAUAGCUCAAUACUGACAUAUAAAAUUGCUUACUAUUCAUGACUUUAACAUUUGGAAAAUUAUGGCCGCUACACGAGCGAAAUAAGGAGGUGCACUCGGAAGGAUGAUGUCAGUUCUAUUCGUGCUGACUCGGCUGGCUCUCUGGCCAGGCCUCUGGGAAUUACUUGGCACUGAUAAAAUUUCAACCAAACAGAGCUUGAGAAUUUGCCACUUAAGUAAUAUUCCAACUAACCAUUGCUAGCUUUCGCAGCAGCUGGCCAAAACAGAUGUAUGUAUAUUGACGGCAGCAUCUAAUGAGGCUCAUGAACAAUUUAAAGACGAUUUAAACAAAUGUUAACGUAAACGCUCCACCGAAAAAAAACAGUUUGGCAGGAAGGAAAUUAAAUCGGUUUCACAGUCAUGGGAGGAGGAGGCGGCGGAGGAAGAGGAGGAGUGAAUGGGUGGGUCAGGCCCCGUUAUGAGAGGCACACUUUGUGGUCAGAGUCAGACUUGGCAGUGAAUAACCGCCCGCACAGAGCUCUGCGACUCUGCACAACAGUGACCGAUUUGUUACCUCCCUCACUGCCUCGUAGACGAGAGUUCGCCCGCUCGUCUGUGCAGAAGGGGGCUUCGACUUCGACGAGGCCAGAGUCAGAAGACCUCUCAGCAGCAGCAGCAGCAGCGACGCCGCGGAGACACGCCGGACCGGACACUGUGGCCAAAAGAAGGGACCCGUUGAGGGCAAUGACGCUGUUGGUCAUGCUGAGGGCCAUCGUGCCGCGCCUGGUGUUCGCGGUGCAUGCGCUGGCGUGCGUCUGGAGGGUCGCCGUGCACACGCAGCACCGCCUCUACUGGCUUCUGCUGCUCCUCGUGCUGCUGCUGCCACUCGAGCUGAUCGUUACGCUGGUGCUACGCAAGGGCAAGGACUACAAGUGGCUCUCUCUGGCAAUACUUCUGUACCUGAUCAACGUGGUGCCUGCCAUCUGGCUUCUGGAGGUUCGAUAUUUUGAGACGAAGCUGAAUGAAACCUGCUCCAAUGCCACGACCACCAUCACCACCAACGCUGCACAGCUACCGGUGCUCCGGGAACCGCUGCAAUUUAAGACACGACUCUUUAUUCGGGAAGCUCCAGACUUCGCUGCGACCUCGGAAUCUGGCUUCGCGUCGUCGGGAACGGACACCGAGGAAUUCCUGUUUCCGAGCACCAAGGCACCGACCGGCCGCCCUCUCGCGAGGGGCCCAAUCAGCUCCGUCCCGGUCACCACCAGCGCGGGUUACUCGCACACUCCGAUGUUCACCCUCUUUGGGGAGGAGCCGACGCACGUUGCCAUGACCCGUUGGCCCGAAAUGAGCGACUCGGAUUAUCUCGGAGAAGAGCCGCGGGACGGCGCCAGCGUUCCCGAGGCCCCUACGACUCUCCCGACACCCCUCUCCACCCCCGAGGAUGUCGGGCGCAGGGGGAGGAGCGGUCCUAAUGGCAAAAGCAGAGACGGCAGCUACAUUAUCUCUCAGGUGAAGCAACUGGAGUCCAAGGUGAACAGCCUCCUGGACUCGAACGAGGCGUGGAUCCUGUGCAUCCACCAGAUGCUCCUGCUGCUCCUCAUCAUCGGGCGCUGGUUGCUGCCCACGGGCACCGAAGUCUCUCGCGAGAAGCUCUCGCAGCUGCUCCUCGAGUUCAUCGGCACGGCCGGCGACAUCCUGGAGUUCAAGACGGAGACGAUGCAGGACUCCGUAGUGAGGUGUAACAGGCCGCUGUUCUAUUGCAUCAUGGCAGUCUGGACGUGGAGCUUGAUGCAGUUUCCGCUCGUCAUCAAAGUUCACCAGGCGCUGCCGGGCUCGCAGGAGCAAGCGCCGGCCCGCGGGUGGAGGACUCUGGUGCGCGUCUACAGCACGGAUCUGUGGGCCAUCGUCAUCAGCGUUUUCAUCCAGGAUGGGCCCUUCCUCGUGGUUCGGCUGCUGCUGCUCAUCCACUUCGGAGUCCUCGACCAAAUGCAGAUGCUCAUCUUCUUCACCAUCAAGAACGUGCUCGUGCUGAUGCUGCAGGCCUACCGCCUCGUGGUCAUCUACGGGGACUACCGCGCGCUCUGCCUCAGUGCCCCCGCGGCCGCGCCGUCGCCGCGGGGGCGGCAGGAGGGGAAGAGUUCCGGAGAGGUCCCCAGCGACGCGAGGACGCUCGCCACGGACGACUCCUUCACCAUGACCAUUUCAGCCUCGAACAGCGAGAAAAUGAGGGAAUGUCCCUAAUAAAACCCAAACUUUUUUUUUACUAUUUUUUUGUAUUUUACCAGGUGUAAGCCCCACCGAGCUGUGUAGCUUAUUUUUCAGAUCCGACCCUGGCUAACACUUGGACACGUAUGGCAGUAGUCGAAUGCUCUGAACGCGUGUUGUUGAUUCUAAGUGUGGAGGGGAAAACCGGAGGACCCAGAUAAUAAAAUCCACGCGAACACCGGGAGAGAGAGAGAGAGAGACACCGCAAACUCCGAAUAUACAACAGGCGUCAUGGUCGGGAUCGAACCCACGACGACCUCCUGUACACCGGGCGAGGUAGCUAACAUCUCGUUACCGUGGUGCCCUUAACUGACGGAUGACCACGAACUUCAAGUUUCACGACAGGAAGGCAAUAGCUGAUUGCGUUUAGCGUCGGUCAGUUGGUGCGCAGACUCUCGCUACAAAGGUGUUACUUUUACCGCGACCGCAUGCCGGACGCCUGCGGGGAAUUUGCAAACGCAUGAUGUCUGCUGGGGGUGGGGGGGGAAGAAAAGACUUUAAAGACCCUGUCACAGUUAUCUUGCAAGAGUGGGACGAUUCAGGCGAGAGUGCUAUGGCAAUGGACGACCGAAUUGCUCUGGUUUUAGUACCCGCUUGAGCCGUGAAACGUUACAAUCGGAUCAAAGGUUUUUCCCCGGGGUCAAACGUUACUACUUCGCAAUAAACCGGUAACAAAAAAAAAUAUAUUUUGUAGGCAAGUAUCUAUAUUUUGUAGGCAAAGUAUCUACAUUAGUUUUAAUUUAAAUAAAGGAGAACCUCUCUUAUCCGCGGGCCUAUUACCCACGACUUCUAUUAUGAUAGAAAGUCGUGGGUAAUAGGAUAAUUAUCCACGGCACCUAUAGGGCCUGUGAAGCUUCUAUUAUAUGCAUGGGCCUAUAUCUUCGUAUGAUCUACGAUUGUACCCAUAAUGCGUAGCAAAGCGGCUUCCUAAUACUUGUGAUUGUUUUGCGAAUAAGAGGAGUUGUUUGGAAUUUAAUUCCUAAUAUCUGCGAUUAAUCGCGCUUCAAACAAAAAUGGCCACAAUCAAAGCAUUUGCACGGGCAGUACUUGCUUCGACAGGGAGACAACGCAGACACUCGCAGAGACACAGUCAUGCACAGAGACACGGAGACACACACAGAGACACGGGGACACACAGAUACACGAACACACAGAGACAGGAACACCCUCACACAUACACG